CUGACUCAUUGACUUUCUUAGGCCACUUUUUUUUCCUCCCUGAGAAAUCGCAUCUUUUGAUCGAGGCCAUUCAUCUUCCUAUCGAUCGGACCAUAUUUUCCAGUCAACAGUUGUUUCUGUUCUGGUACAAUUUUCCAGUAAUCGUUGAACUCCUAGCUUCAACAAUCGAGUAUUGCAGUUUUUAUAUCAAUGGCUGUUUCUUCUUUUUCUUCAGUAUCUGACGACGUCCGUCGUUGGAAAUAUGAUGUCUUCGUCAGUUUCAGAGGCGAAGACACCGGCGGGGGUUUUGUCAGCCAUCUGCUCAGAGCUUUCAAGCAGAAAUCAAUCAGUACAUCCGUGGAUGCUGAAGAUAUGUGCAGAGGCGACCGCCUUUCGGAAGAGCUCCGAAAACACAUCCAACAGUCGAGGCUUUCGAUUGUAGUUUUUUCUCAAAACUACGCUUCUUCCAGACGGUGCCUCAGAGAACUGGCCCAAAUGGUGGAACAAGUGAAGAUGACUGGCCAGGUGUUGGUGCCCGUUUUCUAUGGUAGAACCGUAUGUUGUUCGUAGAGCCACCGGACCUUUUGCGGAAGCUUUCGCAAGAUAUGACUGCGAAAUGGAAGAGGAGGAAGUGUGCACUUGGAGGAAAGCCCUAACUGCUGCUGCCAGUUAUUUUGGCUGGUAUAUAGAAAAUUAUAGGGAUGAUGCCGAGCUGAUUGAGGAAAUCGUACAAUGUGUUUUUAACAAAUUGAUCCGCUGGUCAUCGUUUGACGGUGGUUGGAAAUAUGAUGUUUUUCUCAAUUUUAGAGGUGAAGACACUCGCAAGAGUUUUUGCAGCCAUCUCUACAAAGCUCUGUAUCAAAAAGUAAUCAACACCUUCAUGGAUGAUGAAGAGCUUAGAAAAGGCAACAGCCUUUCGGAGCUCCUGAAAUGUAUUAAACAGUCGCGAGUUUCGAUUGUUGUUUUUUCUGCAGACUACGCUUCUUCCACAUGGUGCUUAAAAGAACUCGUGCAGAUCCUCAAAUGCAUGGAUGAACAUAAUCAGAUGGUGGUCCCUGUUUUCUACGAAGUUGAUCCAUCUCAAGUUUGUAGGCCGGAAGCUUUUACUAAACACGAUCGCGAUUCUAAGGUGGAGAUGGAAGAGGUGCAGAGCUGGAUGUUGGCCCUAACUAGAGCCACCAAUUUAACUCUACCUCGCUGGGAUUCACGAAACUAUGACGAUGAUGCCAAGCUGAUUGAGGACAUUGUACAACAUAUUUCGAGAGAGCUUCCCCGUUUUACCAGACUGCAGAUGGGCCAUGUUUGAUAACGAUUCAGUUGAGAUAGAGCACGAUUCUGAUGAGAUACAAGCCUGGUUGCAGAUCAAUCCUAGCUACAUCAAUGUGUUCUUUCAAUUUCAGUUUAAACUUUGUUCAAAAAAAAAAAAAAUUCAGUUUAAACUAGUAAGUGAGCCCGCGCUAUGCUGCGGGUUUUAAAAAUGUUUUAAAAAUAUUAAAGUCUAUUUACAUCAUUAUCAAAAUAUAUUUACAUUAAUAUCAAAAUUUAUUUACCUCUUUAUGUUCAAUAAAGGAUUGAUGUUGGUAGUA